GUCAGUCUCGCGCCGAGCGUUGUAUAGUGCGCUUUGUUGGAAAUAAUAUCGUUCGUGGUUCGGAUUUGUGUAUUUGAAAAUUUUCGAGAACUCGAAAUAUAUCACGAUAUUAACGUGUGUAGGUGACAGACAAUCAAAGUGAUAUUUCUCGUGUCGAAGAGACAAAAAGCAACAAAUCGUUAAUUCGUUUGCAUCCAGCGAUCACAAACGUUCGAAGGAGGAAAUUUGAUAGAUCGAGACGGAAGGACAUUAGAAGACAAACUGCGUAAAUGAGAGAACGCGUCGCCAUGGGUACCGUGUGUUGUGGUCCGCGCGUGUAGUGCAAACCCCGUGAUCGAAGGGAAGAGACGGUGAGAUGAACAGAGACAAGCUAACGGGAUAACAAGGAGGGAAGAGUGAAAGGUCCGGGAGAAAGAAGGAAGAUAUAGAACGCGUGGACAAGCGUGACCGGCAAGAGUUCGAAAGACUACUCUCUCGUGGCGUUGAAGAGAGGGCAGCAGAAUCGGCGAGAGAAAGAGGAAGAAUAAUGCGGUCUCGUUGUUUCCGCCUUGAUCAACAGGACGUUCGGAUCUGCUCGUAAUUCCACGGGGAGAUCUAACGAACGGUGAGAUGACUCGAAGAAGAAGAGUGCCACUCGUGUUGAGAGUAUGCACAGGUGUUCUCCUGCUGCUCUUCACCACGAUCGCCGCAAACACGACGGAAGAUCCCCCGACCAGCUCGGAGAAACUAUCCACCGAGACUAUCGAUGAUGCCACGAUAUCGGCGAGGAACGAAACGAUCCCGAACAAAAUAGGAUCUAGGAACUCGGAAUCGAUUGGAAACGAGGCCGUUGAUCCGUCCAACAACACCUCGAGCGGAAAAGAAACCGUACGAGACGAGGUCGGCAAAGAUGCGGAGGCGGAGAGGGAGGAGAAAGUGGCGAUACCAACGAUCCACGAGGACGCGAAAUUACUACAGGGAAGCGGGUCGGCCGCUGAUUCGUCGGCCGGCCCUGGUUCCAAGCUCGAGGAGUCGAUCUACGGGACGUCCGCUGGAAAGAGUUCCAGCACGAAGACGUUAUCCGAGGACUUUUACAGAUUGUCCAGAACGAACGGGUUGACCACGGUUACCGCGAAGCCCGCGUUGGAAGAGGGGAGGAUGGAGGGAACGAGGGACGGGGAGAGAGGCGUUCAAGUGGAACGAUCGAACGUGACCACGUCGUGGCAGGAGUCGAGCGGGAUCCCCGGAUCCUCGGUCGUCUACCGAUUAGGAACCGAUUUCCCGGAGGGGAAAGGAGACAGGGCGAAGGCGGAAGCGAAGAAGGAGAGGAGCGAGGACUCGAGCCCGCAAAAAGUUCGUUUCCUGGAGAAGAAGGAGGAGGAGAAGAGGGGGGGAGAGGAGGAGGAGGAGAGGAGGGAGAGGGAGGAAUCGGCGGAGAAGAAAGCGAGCAAGAACUCGGAAGUGGCGGGGUUGAAGGGGGAGGAGGAGGAGGAGGAGGGCGGUCCCAUCUCGUUGAUCAACGACACGUACGUGAACUACAGCCGUAGUUACAAAACCUCGACGGGCGAGGCGACGGCCUCGAGAGACGGUUCCGAGAAUGGGACCAACUUCAUCACCGAGGGGAGCACCGUGGUGACUCAUCACCCGAAGGAGGAGGUGGAGGUCGUCGGGAAUGUGACUCAGCCCGCGAUUCAGCGGAUCGUCGAGCCGCGAUCCCGAAACGCGACUUCGAAGGACGCCGGCCUUGGUAACGUCGAGUCGAGCGAAAUCGGCUCGAGUCGGAACGAGGGCUAUACGCGCCAAGAUCCCGCCAAGGCUAACGAAACCAGCUCGAUCGAGGUUCGAGAGACAAGCGAGAACAAGGUGCAACUUACCACCACCACUAUCACUACCACUACCGCUACCAGCACCGAAAGAACGUUUCGCGAGGAAUCUUCGACGAUCGUGACGUCGAGCCCGGUUCCAAGAGGAAGAACCAUAGCGUUCUCCGGGACGAACGAAUUUGCGAGGUCCUCCGAGGUGAGGUCGACGGCCGCCUCGAGGCUCGACGUUUCGCACGCGAGGAGGAACGGGAGCGAGGACAAGGGGGCGAAGCCUUACCCCUACGCCAAGUCUACGGCCGCGAAAGAAUCGGGUGCCGACUCGAGCAACCGGCUGGCCGAGAUCGCGACGGAGGAGGGUUCCGCCAUGGAGAACACGAUCGGCAAAGGGCGGUCGGAGGAGAAGUUGAUCGUGACGGAAGCGUCGGACGUGUUGGAGAACAGUAUACAGCAGCGGUCGAAGCCGACCUACCGCGACGAAGGGAGCGGCAACGAGUCGUCCACCGCGUCGAGCGCGAGCCACGUUGCUCGUUCCUCGUCGACUCCGACGACCAGCACCGGCGCGUCCGUUCCGAGGGGGGGACCCGAGCUAGGGAUCGACGAUCGGAUGAUCCACAGAGGGCAGGAGGAGGAGGAGGAGGAGGAGGAGAGCUCGACGAGCGCGGGGAACGACGUUCCGAGGUGGAACGACGAGACACCCGUCUCCGGCGUGGAUGUGACGGGAAACGGGAUAACGGAAGUGAGCCCGAGGCCCGAACAGUCCCGACCGAGGGACGACGAACGGGCGUACGAGCUACCUUUCCGCGAGGCCACCGAGCCGAGCUUCCGCCCCUCCUCCGCCACCGACCUCCCCUCGAUCGAAACCGUCGACUCUUCCGUCGAGCCUCUCGCCACGGAGAGGAGCGAGCGCGCCUCCUCGUCGCCGGCCCCCCCCGUCGCCGCCACCAUCGAGCAAACUUUCGUGGCCAACGCGACCGAGGCCUCCCCUCCGCCCACCUCCGACACCAACGGAACCAACGAAAUCCCUUCCUCCCUCGCCGACCCCGAGCAGAGCUUCGCGCCUACCACGACCGGCGUCGAGUACGAGUUCGUCAGCCUCUCCUUCGACUCCACCGAAUAUCCUCCCCGUCCUCGAAACGCCACCACCGACGAGGCCCCGACAGGAGAGGAUGCAGCCGAUCGAGCCUCCUCCGCGGUCCCCGAUCCCCUUUCGCCAAGGAGAAACGAUUCGAACGAGCCUCUUGCGACCACUCUCACCCCCCCGCCCGACGAGUCGGACGAGCCCUCGUCCUCGAUCGGCGAGACCACUGAUCGAUCCACGAUCGCCACCACGAUCCUUCCACCGAAUUCGGUGACUCGGUCGAGCCUCCUCGAGGAGGGGGGGGUCGGUUGGAGCGGGGCGGACGAAGCGGUGGCGAGAACGACGGACGGAUUCGCGGUGGAUUCUUGGAGCACCGGUGUCGGGGAGGAGGAGGGGGUCGCGACGGAGCGGACGAUCCCGCUGGAUUCGAAGGAUACCGGCAACGCGACCGACCGACCCGUGCGGUUCACCCCUAUGUCGAGCGUGAACGCGACGGAUGGCACGGCGGCCACCCCGCCCGCCACUCCCUCCGAACACUCGAUUCCGAGCACCGCCUCGACCCCGCCUGGCUCCCGUGGCGUCCCGCCGAGGGACGACGCGUUGUCCCCUCGCCAAGAAAUCACGUGGUUGGUGCGCAUCGUGAUUGAGGGUGGCAGAUACGACGUGUGUCCGAAGAUGGACAAGUUGAAGGCGAUUCUGGCCGAGAUCCUGCAAUCCGGGAUAAACAAAUCGGUAUCGGACGAGCAAAUUAUCCUCCAUGAAAAUCCGUGCCAGGAAUCGUCGGAUUCGACUCCGUCGUCCUCGUCGGCGGAUAUGACGUCGAUACUAGUUUACGUGGUGGAUAAAAAGGGAAAGUUCGACACGAAUAUGACCAAAAUUUUGCCCAGCUUGUACGAGGAGUCGCGCGAUCGAAUCACGUUCCCGAUUAAAAUUCAGAGAUUUCUUCUGGUACAGGAAACGAUUCCGGAUUCCGGAAACGCAGUGGCGGCCAUCGUGGUCUCCUCAGUUGCCUUGAUUUGCCUGGUUCUUUUGGCCGGUCUUCUGUUCGUUAUGAGGAAAAGGCAAACGAGGUUUAACUAUGGCGAACGAUGUCGACCAGUGUCUUUGGACGCUUACAGCCUUGACAGUGUUUCCGCGUACAACAGCGUCAGACGCAAAGGAGUGGCGAGGUCUUCGAAAAGAAGCUAUGGGAAUCCGACUUUCGAAGAUUCGAGCGCAAUACCAUCUCACCCGUUGAAUUUCGCCGGGCUUUCAUCUUUCUGUAACGACAUUAACGCAAUCAACGAGGAAUUCGCCGGUAUCCCGCAAGUUUCGGCGAAGAUUGACGAGCUACCCGCUGGAGCGGAAGUGAAGAACAGAUACGCGAACGUGAUACCGCUUCCGGAGACAAGGGUGCUCCUUCAAAAAGUCAACAACGAUCCUCUUACCGAGUACAUCAACGCCAGUUACGUUCGGGGACCAAAGAACGCGACAAAAUAUUAUAUCGCUUGCCAAGCACCAAUGGAGUCGACUGUCACCGACUUUUGGAGGAUGAUAUGGGAACAACAGAGCAAAGUGAUUAUCAUGCUUACCGAUCUCGUUGAAAAUGGGGUGGAAAAGUGUACAGAGUACAUUCCGCCCUCGGAAAUCACGGAUUGCCGACGGUUAUACGGCGAUUUUCAAGUUACUCUGAAGAAGAGGGAAACCAAAGAAAAAUAUGCCAUUUCCACGCUUCAUUUGAACAAUUUGGAGAAGAACACGUUCCGAGAGGUAUACCACAUUUGGUAUUUGUGGCCCGUGAACGGAGUGCAAUCGGACGGUGCCGGGUUGAUAGCCGUGCUACUCGAGGCGAGGGCACUUCAAAGGGGUGGCCCUGGACCCAUUGUAGUCCACUGUAGUCCCGGCACUGGACGCACGGGAACGUUAAUAGCUCUUGACCUAGGAAUUAGACAAUAUGAGAUUACGAGGACUGUGGACGUGCCAAGGGUCGUUUACACUAUCAGACGGGAUCGUGCUGGGGCUGUCAAGACGAAAGAACAAUACGCUUUCAUUUACAAGGCAUUAAAUUUAUACGCGACCAAACUUGCCGGCGGUGUAUUGGAAUCUACGUGAACCACUCGAGAAGAAAUUACCAUUCGUUCGAAUCGUAAUAGAGAUGUAAGUCAUGGCAGAGAACUGCUAUAUCCGUGAACGAUAAAUAUCAUUGAAGACGAUGCAAAAACCGCGAGAUUAUAAGAAUGAAUGAAGUUCCAGUUUUACCUGGAUAGGAAGAUAUGAUAAAUUGAACGAAGGAAAUUGACUUGUGAUACGUGGACCAUAGCGAAGAUCGUGUUUCGCUUUAGAUUUUUGCUUAGUCCUUUCGACGUAAGACUAUUUCACCCUAGUAAAUUUAAAAAAACACUCUUUACCAUCUGUUUGUCUAUUCUUCUCGGUUGAUAAUACAGUAUUUUUUUUUUUUUUUUAAGUAUCGUCGUUGAAUAAAAUAAAAUUUUCUAAAAUUUUUUUGUAAAAUAAUAUUUAUCAUAAUUUAUGUAAUAGG